AUGUUGCCCCAGAAAAGCAAGUCAACAAUUCUGGCAAAUCAGCAUGCCUUCAUAAAGUUGCCAUCAGAAGGUGUUAAGAUCGCCUAUUUAAAAGAAGACGGGGUCAUAUCUUUAGGGAAGUUCGGAGCAUUCAAAGUGUCAAGUAUAUUGGGACAUCCAUUUGGUACGACAUUUGAAAUUUCAGAAGACCAGCUCGCAGUUCCUAUAAAGUCAAUGACUCAUACAGAAGAAGUAUUGGAGAACGAAAUGGAUGAUGAGAUGACUAAAGAUCAACUCACCAAGUUUUUCGAAGUGAGCGCUGAGAGCAAUCAAGAUAUAAUCAAUAUCGGCUCGAAAAUCCAGAAACUCGACAGCAAGCAAAUCAAUGAGCUAAAGCAGUCAGGGGCUUCGUCUGACAUUGGGCAGAAAAUCAUCGAGAAGAUCAUCGCUGGCCAUGAUGCCUUUGACAAGAAAACUCUAUUCUCACAACAAAAGUACUUGCGCCGUAAACAACAAAAGUUUUUGCGUCGUUUUCAAGUGGAGUAUGUUGGUCCGUCCCAAGUCUUACAAUACUACAUCGACAAAGACAUUCAAAAAGUAUUGGAUAUGAGCGAGGAAACAUUAGGUUUGCUUCUCAGUCAUGCGAAUAUUCGCCCAGGCGGAAACUAUUUGGUGAUCGAUGACACUGCAGGAGUUGUGGUAUAUGCUAUGUUGGAGAGAAUGCAGGGACAAGGAUCUAUUAUGCUUAUUCAUGAAAAUGAGCAUGCUAACCUUGCCUCAUUGCGACACUCGGAUUAUUCCGAAGAAUAUCAACAGAAGAUGAUCAAGACUGUGAGUUGGCUUCAGUUUUUGGAGCCAGAAAAUGAGAAGAUCCAUUGGGAUGCACUUACAGAGGAAGAACUUGCAGCACUAAGGCCAACGAAACAACUCCAGUACCAGAGAAGACUGAAGAGAGCGGCAGAAAUCAAUGAAAACUUGGAGGUUAUCUCCAAAGGUAACUUUGAUGCACUUGUGGCUGUAUCUACACUCAGUAUUCCAUCCUUUUUGGACCCUGUUAUUUCUGCCAUCGGUGGUUCUCGGCCAGUGGUAUUCUACAGCCAGUUUAAGGAAAUGCUCUUAGAGACACAGCAUGAACUUAGUAAGGACAAACGGGUGUUGGCACCUUCAAUUUUUUGA